CCGUUGCAGAUAGUGCGCAGUUAAACCCCAAAUCAACUCUAAACUCUCUGCAAAACCCUAAACUCUCGAUGGGGAAGAAGAAGAGCAAGCAGCAGCGAAGAAUAGCGAAUGGAGAGCAACAAAUCAAGCAAGAGGAGAUUCUGAAAACCCUGGGUGACUUCACAGACAAAGAUAAUUGGGACAAAUUCUUCACACUUCGCGGCAGUGAAGAUAACUUCGAAUGGUACGCCGAGUGGCCGCAGCUACGGAGCUUACUCACCGACAAUCUCUCGUUCCCCGAGAAGCCUCCCAAGGAGGUGACUAUCUUAGUCCCGGGUUGCGGGAACUCCAAGCUCUCGGAGCAGCUCUACGAUGCCGGAUUUCAGAGCAUAACGAAUAUUGAUUUCUCGAAAGUGGUUAUUAUGGAUAUGUUGAGGAGGAACGUGAGAGAGCGGCCAGAGAUGAAGUGGAGAGUUAUGGAUAUGACCGAGUUGCAGUUUGAUGGUGGGAGCUUCAAUGCUGUUGUGGACAAAGGAGGCUUGGAUGCUUUGAUGGAGCCGAAGCUCGGUUCAAGAUUAGGCAUUCUCUACUUAAGCGAGGUAAAAAGGGUUAUGGAAACUGGAGGAAAAUUCAUUUGUCUCACCUUAGCAGAAUCUCAUGUCUUAGAUUUACUUCUCCGUGAAUUUCGAUUUGGGUGGAAAAUGAGUAUUCAUGCCAUUACUCAAGCGCCACCAUAUGGAACCACCCCGGAACUGCAGACUUUUGUGGUAGUUGCGGAGAAAGAUACUCCUACAUCAGUAUCUGAUUUAUCAUUGUUCUUGGGUGAAUAUUCUAUUGAACGACAUGGUAAUCAGGCUCGUAAACUAUAUGAAAUGCUUGAAAAAGAAAGACAUACUCGCACAAAAUACUCCAACAACUCUGACAUAUCGUACACAAUGGAAGACUUGAGACUCGGGGCGAAAGGAAACAUUUCAAUGCUUGAACCUGGGCGUAGGAUAAAGCUCAUCUUAGGUGAACCUGGAGUAUCCAAUUUUUUCUAUAAUUGCAUGCUUCUUGAUGCUAAGCCAGACUCAGGACAAUUUGUCUAUCCCUAUGGUGUAUUCAUUGUUCCCCAAUUAAGAGCUCAUGACUGGCUUUACACAUCAGAAGAAGGGCAGUGGCUUAUUGUUGUAAGUGCAAAGGCUGCUAGAUUGUGCAUGGUUUUUCUGGAUUCUAGUAAUUCCAUUUACCCCAUGCAGUCCAUCCAGUCGGACCUUUCUCCUUUAGUCAAGCAGUUGGCUCCAAACUACGGUGACAAUGACAAUGACCUUCAAAUUCCGUUUAUGGCUGCCGGUGAUGGAAUUAAGAAGCGAGAUAUUGUGCACCAGGUUGAAUCUGACUUGACUGGUCUAAUCAUCGUGGAUGAUGUGAUCUAUGAAGCUAUACAGCUACAAAUAUGCAUUUUUAAUUUGUUGACUCAUGUGUUCUGUCUUAUUUUGGCAGCUUUAAGUAGUGAAGCAGAAGUUAUUCACAACCACUUAGCUAGUCCAUACCACAAUGGGAUUAUUUCAGGAAUACUGUUGAUCUCUUCAUAUUUGAGCAUAGCUACCUCAUUUGGAGGCCUGGUAAAAACAGCGGUUCUUGGUCUUGGGGCGGGACUGCUUCCUAUGUUCAUGAAGAAAAAUCUACCCACCCUCCAGAUUGAGGUUAUCGAGUUAGAUCCAGUGGUAUUGGAUGUUGCUAGGGAUUUUUUUGGUUUCGAAGAGGAUGAGCGCUUGAAGGUACAUGUUACAGAUGGAAUUAAAUUUGUCAAGGAGAUAGCAGAUUCUAAGGUUGAGGGAGAAGAAAAAAGCCUCAGAAAAAUCGACAUUCUCGUGGUCGAUGUCGACUCAUCAGACACUAGUUCUGGUUUGACAUGCCCUGAAGCGGAUUUUGUCGAAGAAUAUUUUCUGUUGGCCGCGAAAGAAUCACUUUCUGAGCAAGGUUUAUUCAUCAUCAAUCUGGUCUCGAGAUCCUCUACCAUGAAAGAUGCAGUGUAUACGCGCCUGAAAAAGGUAUUCAGCAACAUCUUUUGCCUCAAGAUCGAAGAAGAUGUCAACGAAGUACUUUUUGCGCUCAAGACCGACUUCGCCAUUGAAGAGCAGCAGCUCUCAGAAGCUCGUAAUGCAGUUGCCAGGUAUUCAGAAGAGGCAAAGGAAUGGGGCGAAAAAGUCGUGGAUCUAUCAAAAUCGAUCGAGCUACUGAGUUAAUGAAGGAGGAGAUGGAAGUUGUACAAACAUUUUGUUUUCCUUCAAUAUAUACAUGUAUACUACUUAGAGUAUUACUUUCUUAAUUUAUUUAUUUUAUAUAACAAAACUGCCAGUUUGCAGAUAAAAGAUGUGUUAGGACA